CUCGGCAAUUCAGUAUGCUUCAUGACGUCAGUCCGGGUGCUCUGUCGACCCUUUAUAAGAGAUACGUUCUAUUGUCCACAGACAAAAUAAUGUUUUUUAAUGAUUAAAAUUAGUUAGGAUAAACUUUUAUACAAAUUAAGGUAUUUAGGUAAAUAUGUGAAGAAAUGGCUGUUAAGUUAUGUCUAUCAUCUCGUUUAACAGAACUCCUCGGAGACCGUUUGUUAUACGGUUCGGCGACAGUGGAGCUAAAUGAGUCGACGUUCAAUGGGUCGUUAAUCGCAUUGUAUUUCGUUCCAUUAGGCAGUGAAAUUGUCCCAACCGACGAUCGGGCUCUACGUGAUCUAUAUAAAACUGUAAACGAGAACGAGAAGACACUAAAUAUUAUCCAGAUUUGUUAUCCAGACUUAGCUGAUGAUCGCAAGUAUUUUGAUGAAUUGACCAAUGAUGUUCCAUGGCAUUCAGUUCUUUACGAAUACGCGGAGAAGAGAAUUCGUUUGAGACACAAAUAUCGUGUUGGGAAUGCAGAAACGUUGUUAAUUCUGAAUGAUAGCUAUUUGGAAAAAGUUCAUACUCGAAAUGGUCUCAAACUUUUGUCGUGUAGUGGAAAAAGUUUUCCAUGGACAAACUUAUGGAAUGAAAAAAUUUGUCAAGAAGCCUUAAAACUCUCCUCAAAUGAAUCCAAUGAAACGAUAUAUGGUCUAUAUUUUUCUGCGCAUUGGUGUCCACCAUGCAAAGCAUUUAUUCCACAACUCAUUCAUGCUUACGAUAGUAUAAGAAAAAGAAUCCAGUUCGAGAUAAUUUUUGUCAGUUCUGACAGAAGUGAACAGUCUUAUAACUCUCAUGCAUCAUCAAUGCCUUGGCCUUCUGUUCCAUUUUCAAAUACUACUUUACGACAAGACCUAACUGAAUGUUUUAAUGUUCUUGGUAUUCCUUACCUAGUAUUAAUUGAUAACAAUGGAAAUAUCAUCACAGAAAAUGGUCGUGCGGAAAUUACGGAAGACCCUGAUGGAGUGUAUUUUCCAUGGAGAAGACGAUUUGUUUAUUCGCUUUCUUCGAGACUACUACCAAAACUUCAGAGUUACCCAGCUGUUGUGUUAUUCAUUGAAGGAGACCAAGAAGAAGAAUUAGAGUUGGCUGAAGGUGUUUUGUUGCCUGUAGCACAACAAGUUGCAAAGACCCGGUCAAAUGCAUUAUAUGAUCUCUUAUUUUUUAUAGCUCCCGACGAUUGCACAUCGGAUACUUUAAGACAAUUUACGAGAUUGACUGAUGACACAGCUCCAUUGUUGACCCUAAUAGAUAUACCAAUGGCAAGGAUUUCAGUAAUGGAAUACGGAAUUCAUAUUACAGAAAAAUCUAUAAUGAAUUUCGUUCUGGGAUUUUUUGAUGGAACAAUGAAAUUUACACCUAUUCUUUAAACUUCAAUUCAUAAGAUAAAUAAUACCUGUAUAUUAUAUAUAGGUUCAUUCGAAAGAGUAAAGACUACAUUACAUGGCUAGUAGAUUCAAUUCAACUAUGUGAAUUUGGUAUUAAUCACAUAAGUAGAUAUAUAGACGAGUCUAGAAGAUUAUUGUAAUAUAGAAAAUAAUUGAAAGUUGUUUAAAUAAAUAUACUAAUUAACUAUUAAAUGUAUUAUUAUUAUAAUAAUAACUAAUAAUUCACUCAAUUUGGUUAUAUCAAUAAUUGUACUUAAUUAUAAUUUGUAUUUACAGUACUUGUAAAGUGUAUUUAAGUUUAAAAGUGAUAGUAUGAUAUGAUACAUGCCUAGUUACUUUAAUUUUUCAAUAAUUAAUAUAAAAUAUACAUAGACAUUGGAAUUGGAAUUGUUAAAAACAUGAAAAAUUUUAUGAUAAAUACUUAUAAAAACUCUAUUAUGCAGUUCGUGUCUGUUCGUGAGCUUAAUAUUAGAUAUUUUAUAUAAAUAAAUACAACGUGUCAACAUUUAAAACAAUUUUAAUUUUAUUUAGCCAAAUAGGUAUCUAAAUUCUAAAGUGUAGGUACACCAUAGAGUAUUACUCAAUGGUGUACACUGACAGAAAUGUCAAUGUGAUAAAUAAUAAUCAAAGACAUUGAAGCUUUAUUAUUAAAAAAAUAAAAUAAUAAACAUUUGAAAAUUAAUAUUUAACAUUAUAAAUUUGUAAAUUAAUUUUAA